AUGGGCAUUGGAAUUUUCAAAUCAAAGAAUGUUUACGACAGCAACAAGUUCAAAGACUUACCCCCUAAGACAAGGCGACAUCUCUUGCAACCGACAGUUCCGUCUUAUGAGAUCACCCUGAACGCUCCGUUGUCCGGCUACUUCGACGAACCCGCAAACACACCAGCAGUCAGUAUAAUCUACAUGCUGUUGACGAAUUCUCAGUGUCGAGGCUGCGUUGAGCUUCAAUCAUCGGAUCGGAAAGUCCCUCUUCCAUUCGAUCCUAAGCUCUUCUCCAGUGCAUGCGACAGAAGGGUUGCGGUUGGGGCGUAUCGUGGGGUACCUGGGAUCAUUCGGAGCCCGGCCUACGCGAAGGACACAGAGUGA